CAUAGUGAGACCCUGACUCAACAACAAAAAAAAGUGAGUCAAAGAAAAUUGGUGUCCUGAAAUGUGUCCUGCACAAAACUGGUUUCCUAGAAUGUUAAUAACUGUUCCAAAAUGAAUAAAUAAAAUUUUAUAAGCAAUAUGUUUUGGGAAUGCAGAGUUGAAUGAGAAUAAAAUAGGUUUCUUUUAAAGUUUAAUAUCAAUGUACCUAGUGAAUCUUCAAGUACAAAGUAGACAAACCUGACUGACUAGGGGUGGCUAGGAUGCUGUUGGUUCCACAGGACAAGUUGAGAGAAGAAUCUGGGUGCAGUGUUAGUCUGUCUUUGACAUCUAAUGCUUGCUAACUCCUGCUUUAAACCUGCUGGCUCACUGUUAUUAUCAAUUAAUCCACUUUGGUUCUCCGACCUGGGGGGCUUAGUAGUCACCUUGUUCAGUGUUUCCCAAACCUGGGUCAUUCCAGAACCCCCUUCAUGAUUCUUGACCUAAAAAUGCUACUUGUACUGUUCUUUGCUUAACAUUUAUCUUUAAAUGAACCUAUCUUUUUUCUUAAAUCAGUUUAAAACCCAACUUCAUUGUACUACUCUAUAUGGAAAGUCUCACUUGCCAUAAAAAAGAAGCUAGCCAUAAAAAUAAAAGCAAUGAAAAUGAAACAACGUUGUUAAAUCCUGCCUAGUUUCUGUUGCCUGAACAAGGCCCUGACCUGAGAUUCGCUUUCUGGCUCUUUUUUAAAAAUGGAGACGAAGUGUUAAGAGAAGUGUUUUUCCAAAACCAAAUUGAGAGCAUCUCAAUUUGUAGUCAGAUUAAAGAACCUGAAUGAAGGAGGAAUCACCUCCUUUCUCUGAUGCAGUGUUACUCUAGAAUGUGCCACCUAAAAACCUCAGGUGCCAACACUUGUGCAGGUCCCAGUUCUUGACUAAAUACCAACCAGAGACAAAGUGGACUCAGAGUGGGACUGCCUUGUCUGAGGGAGGGAGCAGUGACCUGGGAUUAGAGCCUGAGUUCAUUAUACUUUUCUCAGUGAUCACAAUUGGGACUAUCUAAAGACAUGUUUUCUGGGUAAACUUUGGCAGAGUCUGGCCAGGGAUGUGGGGGCCAGUUGUCCAGAGUGAAACACAACUCCAAGUUGGUCCUCAACAUUGGCUCAGAGGCCUGGAGAUCGCCUGGGUUUCAGCUCACGCCUGGUUUUCCAGAGGGGCUGUCAGAAGAACUGACUGCCCUACAGGAAGGGAGUGUCCCAGAGGGGUAAAAGGGCAGCAGCCAGGCACUGAAGCUCGUCUCUGUCUUUCUUUCCCUGUGCUGCCUUGGGCCUGGGUCAUUUCAGACAAGCCUCAGCUCUACACCCUCGCCGUGAUGGGCCCAGGGCCAGAUCACCAGCCAGCCCACAUCUCUCGCCGCUACUCGGACUUUGAACGGUUGCACCGUAACCUGCAGCGGCAGUUCCGGGGUACCAUGGCUGCCAUCUCCUUCCCACGUAAGCGCCUGCGCCGGAAUUUUACUGCAGAGACCAUUGCCCGCCGUAGCCGGGCCUUUGAGCAGUAUUUGGGCCACCUACAUGCGGUACCUGAGCUGCGCCAUGCCUCAGACCUACAGGACUUCUUCGUGCUGCCAGAGCUGCGGCGGGCACAGAGCCUCACCUGUACUGGCCUCUAUCGUGAGGCUCUGGCGCUCUGGGCCAAUGCCUGGCAACUGCAGGCCCAGCUGGGCACCCCCUCUGGCCCAGACCGUCCCCUACUGACCCUGGCUGGGCUGGCAGUGUGCCACCAGGAGCUGGAAGACCCUGCAGAGGCCCGGGCAUGCUGUGAGAGGGCCCUACAGCUGCUGGGGGACAAACGCCUCCACCCUCUGCUGGCACCCUUUCUGGAGGCCCACGUUCGGCUCUCUUGGCGCCUGGGCCUGGACAAACGCCAAACAGAGGCCCGACUUCAGGCCCUGCAGGAGGCGGGCCUUACCCCCACACCACCCCCGAGUCUCAAAGAAUUGCUUAUCAAGGAGGUGCUGGAUUAACCCUUGCCUCAAAUUAUGGCCACUAUAGGGGGAGGGGCUGCCCCAGGAUGGGGGGUAAGGCCCUGUUAGGACAUAGAGAGCCGCUGGUAGGCUGUAGGGCAGUGGUUCUCAACCUUCCUAAUGCCGUGGCCCUUUAAUACAGUUCCUGUGGGUUGCUGCUGUAGGGGGUCCUGGGAGCCUCUAGAAGUUUCACAAAGCGAAUAUGCAGCAGAUUAAGGAGACUAACUUCUGUUGAGCUGGGCUCAGGCACACUAUGGCUGGGGUUGCCCUGGGGUGGCGCAGGGGAGAAGUCUGACACAGUCUGACACAGCCUCUCCAGCUGAUAAACAGGGUCAGUGUUACCUUGUCCAUGGGCCUACAAGCCAGUGAGGCAGCCUGGCUGAGGGGCUGAGGACUCUGCCCAUGGAGUCCUGGAGUUGAAGAAUGAAAGGAGGGCUGCCGCUCUAGCCCAGUGGAAGUAAGGCCAGCCACUCCAGUGGUAUCAGUCUCUUUAUUGGAUUUGAGGGCCAGAGGACUGUCCUUCUGCCUUAGAAGUGGUGGUAGAAGUGAGGUACUUGAAGCUCCAGGUCAUCUGGUACCUCUGGUUAUAACUUGCUUUCUGAGACCCGGGGCCUUACUCGGAUCACACCUUCCUGGGCACAGGACACAGCCAGGACUCCGUCCCGACGCCACAGCCGCCCAUGGACCAGCCCCCGAGAGCCACCUGUGGGUGAGGGGAUGGGUGAGAAUGACCUUCUCUCUGCUUCAGCACAGACAAACAUGGUUCUUGAAGAGCAUGGCCCAGGGGAGGGCUGUCCCACACAAGGGCACACCCAGUGCUCCAAUUCUCUAAGUGCCGCUUUCUGAGCCUGUGUUACAGACAGUUGUUGGGUGACUCCUCCUAUGGGAAGCCACUUGACAGUUUAAAAGCACUUUCAUGUAUAGGCUGGCUUCCUCAAAAAAAGCAGAGGGAGGAACUGGGAGAAUAGUCUCCUUACAUAGCUUGGCCAAGAUCUGCCAUACCUCUGGCCACUUCUGUUCCCUUUACAAUAAAUGAAGCCAAGCCCUC